AUGAGCUACACCCCGAAUCACUCCUAUCGAGGGAAUUAUUAUUACAACCCGCACUGGGUUCAGGCAAGCGGAGAAAAUCCACCAUUGCUUGUUUAUGGUAACAUGGUGGAUUUUACUGUGGGACCAGACGGAACACAUUACUUUAAUCAAGUGCACAAUGGCCCAUUCAGUGCGCCUUCCUCUCAAACUGUCGAGAUUGUGCCGGAAUCUGAUCCAACUGCAAGCGAAGACGCAGUUAAAAGAAAGCCAGGCAAAUCUUCCAAGUCUGAUGACAAAAAGGCUGGACAGAAAAGAGAUAAAGAACAAGGUAAAGAUGAAAAAAAGUCCCAAGAUGCUUCAGGGGAAACUGACUCCUCAUCUGAUGAAGACAUUUGGGCCACCGAAGAUGAAGAUUGUUAUGAAGAAAACGACUCUGACAGCUCUCAAGAUGAGUACAACAGGGGUCCUUCGCGGGAUUACUCGAGGGAUAGAAGGAGGCGACCUCUUCACAACAGACGAGCUCGCUCUCCCAGAUCUCCUCGACGAGAAGUGGACGCGCGUUCAACCAUCGUGUCCCUGGUGCCGAGGGAGUUUCAACUGAGCUGA